AAGUCUUUCACAUGAAGUGAGGAAUGUUGUUGGGCUACUUGCUACAGGGUGGGACAGACAGGUUGAAACUGUUGUCUCACUGCAGAGUCAAAAUAAAUUUCUUAUUACACUACAUCAAAGCAGUUAUGGGGCCAAGAAUUCUUGUGUGUGUGAUCCUGCUCCCAGCUGUAUGGGCUGGUUACUGUAGCAGCUAUUGGGACACAGAUGGUUUCUUCUAUGAAACUCAGCAAUGUCGCACUGAGUUCUGCUGUGGACGAUGUAACAAUAAAUACUGCUGCAGUGAAAAGAAAUACCAUCUAACUCUAGAACAACAAGAAGCCUGUCUUGCAAGCAAUCCGAAAAAAAGCAACCUUGCUGUGCUUCUGGGAAGCAUCUUAGGGUGUGUUAUCCCCAUUGUCCUAUGUGUGGCUCUCGUCAUCUGCUUUGUGGCUCCUUGCUGCUUGCUCUACAAAAAGUUUCGAAAAGGACCUGACCAAAGGAACCGAACUGUGAGAAACUCCACCACAGUAGUCAACUCAGCCCAGCAGCCACUCUCCCCCUUCGGAUAUCAGCCUGGAUAUGAAGUCCCUACAGCACCACCACCCUCAUACUUGGAAGCUACUGCUCUAGAUCACACUCAAGCUGCAUUUACUCCAGGGCACCACUUCCUCAGCCAGCCUUAUGCACUGCCACAACAUCCCGGCGGACCUGCACAGCUGCCCUAUAACCCCUCCUAUGGCCCAAACCCUUAAACUGGAGCUUACUAAACCAAAACACGGCAUGUUUUCAAACCCUAUAGUUGCACCACUAUUCUCAUGGGAAAUGUGUGCAUUGCAUUGUGUUGAUACAAUGGAAACCCCUUUGCAGGACUUAAACAUAUCAUCAUCUACAUUUUCACGGUAAUGUGUCUCUAAUUUGAACUGCUAAAAGUGAUUGCUAAAUCUUGUUGCUGUUGCUGUUUUUAUGGAUAACCAAGAGCUUGUUAUGGCCAUUUGUUUAGCAGUAUCCAAUCUGAAAAUAUGACCACUUUUAAUGCUGAAAAUUGCUGAAGGAGGAGAUAAAUGCAAUUAUUUCAGGAGAUGUAAAUUACUAAUACCUUAAAACACUAUAAAAAAAUGCUUAUUUGUAAAUAAACUCCAGCCACCAGAGGCCGCCACUGCCCCACUUUUAUUUUUUUAUUUUGUAGAGAAAAGAAACAGUGGGACACUGUAUGCUGCUACCAAGUUAUUAUCAAGCAUAUUGUCUUACAUGCAAGACUAAGAAAAAGCUAUGAGUCUGUUUUGUCACAUUUUGAUUAGGCAUACUUCUCGCAGAGAUCAAGGAUUAAAAUCACAGGUGCUUGAUUUUAAUCACUCAAUGUGCAGCAUUCAUGGUUGGAUGUCCUGUUUAUUUUUCAGGGAUGAAUGAAGAGGUGGAUAGACUCUGUAGAGGUCUGUAAUAUUAGUCUGGUCCUUGAGGGGGUUCCAGGGGGCCCCAACAAAAAGGGGAAUAAUUUAUUUUAACUUUAAUUCCAUCCAUGAGUUUGGUCAAGUGUUUCAUAUACUGUACUUAAUGUAAUAAAACAUCUAAUAGCAAAAAUCUAGGAAAAAAUGUAAUAAAAUAGUGGUCUGUGGUCUAAUUUGUGUCAGCUGACGUGAAAAAGUUUGAGAACCACUGCAAUAGAGAAACACUGGAUCACCCUGGGUAAUUACUCUUAUAAAACUUUUCAAAAAGUUCUUGCACAGUGAAUCUAUGGUACCACAGCACUAAUGUAAGCAAACAGGUCUGAUAACACUACCGACGCUCUCUUUGUUGUGUAACCUACAGCAUCUCCAGAGAUAAUAAAAUGCAAUUCUUUGCUUUUUU